AGAUUUUAGAUACUCCAGGCAUAACAACAGGUACAUUCAUUCUUAUUGUAUUCUUUCUUUAUAGUGAGCAAACAGAAAAAAGGGAGCAGUACUGAUGAAGAAGAAAAUUUGAACAAAAGACAAUAUAGAUCUAGUAGUGACAGAAUGAAGACUCAAGACGAUAAAGAGAAUUUGUUUGAUGUUAAGAAGAAGGAAGAGAAAUGGAAACUGGUUGUGUUGAUUGUAGGCAUUAUUGUCCUAGUGUUGGCUUUUGUCACAGUGAUUGGCGUUGUUAUAUAUAUAAUAACAGAUAGAUAUAGUGCUGAUAAUCACCCAGAUAUAGAUUUAAAAUGUGACACAAACAAUGAUGCCUGUAUAUAUACUAUGGUUGAAAGUAUACCAGAAAAUUUAACAUAUAACGCUGGAGAACCUUCACACCCAUCAACAUUCUCUGGUAUACAGGAUAUUAUAUCAAAGGCGGAGAGUACUAUAGAGAUAGCAAGUUUCUACUGGACAAUGAGACCUAAUGACCUACCAGUCACUGACCCUUCCUCUUGGCAAGGUGAACAGUUAUUCAAUGAUCUAGUGUUUGCUGGGAAAGAGAAAGGAAUAAAGAUAAGAAUAGUUCAGAGUUAUUCAAAGAAACCAAUCAAUGACACACUCUAUCUAGCUAAAGAGGCUGGAGCUGAGGUGCGCAGUUUAGAUUUUGACAGACUGUUACAUAGCGGAAUACUUCAUACUAAAAUGUGGUUGGUGGACAGGAAACAUUUUUACCUUGGUAGCGCAAAUCUUGAUUGGAGAUCAUUUACACAGGUAAAAGAGAUGGGGUCUUUAGUAAGAAAUUGUGAUUGUCUAGCUGCUGAUAUAGGGAAGAUAUUUGAUGCUUACUGGUACCUGGCAACACCAGAUUCUAGCAUUCCAUCGUCAUGGCCACCAGAAUAUAACACCAUGUACAAUAUGUCAUCACCAAUGAUAGUCAACUUUAAUGGAACAAAGUACAACACAUUCCUGUCUAGUUCACCACCACCAAUAUGUCCUAGUGGUCGGUCUCAGGAUGGAAGUACUAUUGUACAGAUCAUAAAUAAUGCCAAGUCAUAUGUUCAUAUAGCAGUGAUGGAUUAUUUCCCUACUACACAAUUCUCACAUCCUAGAAUAUACUGGCCAGAUAUAGAUGAUGCCAUUAGGUCUGCAGCAUUCAACAAACAUGUAAAUGUUAGACUAUUAUUUAGUUAUUGGAAUCAUACAUGGCCAGAAAUGCUCAUCUAUUUAAGAUCACUCCAGGCUCUGCAAUACAGCUCUAAAUAUGUAAAUGUCAACAUAGAGGUGAGAUUAUUUGUAGUACCAGCAUUUACUGAUGCUCAGAGAAACAUUCCAUAUGGCAGAGUUAACCAUAACAAGUACAUGGUUACUGAUAAAACAGCUUACAUAGGGACAUCAAACUGGUCAGGUGAUUAUUUUAUUACAACUGGAGGUAUAGGACUGGUUAUAGAUGGCAGUAACCAAGGCAACCAGAAUGACAUCAGAGCACAAUUGGCUGCUGUGUUUGAGAGAGACUGGAACUCACAAUAUGCUAAACCUCUAAAUCACUUUAACUCAACACUAACUCACACUUGAUGUAAUCUGUAUACUUCUAUUGAAAACCAUUCUACCUUGAUUACUGUAUUCCUAGAAAUGUUCGCGGAUACAAUAUUUCGCGUUUUUCACGUCGGCAUUUUCGCGGAGACAAACUUUCGCGGAAAUAUAGUAACCGCGAAUUCCGCGAAUGUUAAAAUUCUGGAAACAAAGUGAUCCCUCGGAAGCAUUAAUCACAACAAAAGUCGCUACAGCCUAAAAUACAGUUUUUGGAGGCUACGUUUUUUAUGCAUGACCUUGCCUGUUGGGUGCUUUUAAUUAUUUUUUUUUGACAAGUCGCGCCUAAAGCGCAACGUUACUCGAUACAUUUUCAUCUAUUGACCAGCCGAACAAGAACGAUUGUUCCGUGAACACAUUCAUAUUUCCUUACCUUUUUCAUUAUGUAAUUAAGUAAGAUUUAGUCAGACCCGUUAGCUUUUAUUCUCAUUGAAUCAUAACUGACUUUAUCUUCAAAAUGUCGAUACUUAUUUUUUAACACAUUUUUACACAUUAUCGUACUGUACAUAGCUUUCAUUAUAACAACAUAACAGCUGUUUAUCCAUGUAGCACUUGAUCGCUAUUGUACUUUUAACAAAGGAUUACACCUACUCCAAGCAAAUAAAACCCAAGUCAUUCAAUAUUCGCAAUCUGUAAAUGCGUUUGUCAACGUCGUGACUAGCAAAUAACGUCAAUAAGCAUGUUAAUUACAAAUAAUUGUUUUUUGUCUUUUUCAGCGUGCAAACUAGUAUCAAUAACAUACAUAAGUAUUUUUUUACACAUUUCUAUAACACCUGUGUUUAUAUGUUGUUUUGUGUAAGUAGAUUAUAAUAAAUAUUCUGCACUUUUUAUGUUAUAUUUGGUUGAAGCUAUAAAUGUUCGCGGAUUUGUUAUAAGUGACAUAUUCGCGGCUAUAAAGAUUCGCGGAAUCAUGCCUACCGCGAAAGCCGCUAACUUAAAAUGCGCGAAAUCUUUUCUAGGAAUACAGUAAUAACAUCUUUUUAUACAUGUACAUAAAAUGAUGAAUAAAAUUCAAAUUAAGGGCUGAAUUUAUGAAUUCUAAGGAUGCAAAAUUAAUUAACACCAAAUAUACAAUUUAAUCGAGUGCAACACCAAAUAUACAAUUUAUUCGAGUGCAACACCAAAUAUACAAAUUGUUCGAGUGCAAUGAAUGAAAUAAUCAUACACAGUUUUCAGACAAUUUUGUUUUCACCACAAAAUGCCAUCUGUCAUUUAGUUCAUUAAUGAGGAUAACUGAGGUUAAUUGAGGAUAACAUGAUUGAUAACACUGCUUUAGUAGUACAGUAUAGAGAUAAUGAUAAAACACGGUAUGUUGAUAUGUCAAGCAUGAGAUGGGAUAGAAAUUGAUGGAACACCAAAUUUAGGAUUUAUUUCAGGACUGAAAUUAUUACUGAUUGCUCAAGAAUCCUUCUGUAUUAUUAUUUUUAUAAUACAAAUAGCCACUUUAUAAUUGUAUUUUUUAAACAUUUUUUCAGACAUCUUUUCAGUUUAAUGCCUUUUAUCAUCUUGCAUUAGAGUUGAUUUUAUUUACAAGAUAAUAUAUCGGCAAUGCACUAACACUGAAAGUAUUAUAGUAUUAUAAAUUGCAAAAAAACAAAAACAGGCUAUGUUGAAUUGUCAAAUAGAGGACUGUGAUAUUUAUGUUGUGGGACUGAAACAUGUUUGUAUAACUAUACAUGUGCAGUAUAUAAUUAUACAUGUGCAGUAGAUGUAAUUGCUUACAGCUGCAAUGUAGUUUCAUUUUGACACCUUGUAGAACCUAACAUGAAACUUGUAUGGUGCUAUUUUAUUAUUGUUUUGUACCAAAUAAUUAUCCUCAUUUUAUUUAUCAUACAUCACUGCUAAUUGCACAGAUAUAGGGGUACAUAAUAUUUAUAUUCAACAUGAUUGUUAAAUCUUGCAAGAAUUUCUGCACAUGAAAUUUCUGUAACAAUGAGUUCAUAUAUACUUGUAAAUUAUUUUCUAACUAUGUAAAAAUAAGCUCUAUAAGGAAUUAGAAGUAUUUUAAUAAUGAAAUGUUAACAUUAGUUCAGGUAUAUGAAUUUUGCAAACUGUUAAAGAAUUGCUUUUUGUUCAAUUUCAAUACUAAUAUUAAUUAUUUGCCUUAUGUUGUUGUUUUAAUGUAUAACAUCAGGGAUGAUAGUGUUCAAAUACUGAUCUCAUUUUUUUCUUUCCAUCUUGCCCAUAUGUUUCAUUUUAUGGUAAAAACAUUGUUAAUUAAUCUUUUUGUUGUUAGAAUUGCAAUGUUGCAAUAUUUUGAGAAAAAAAUCCCAGUUUUGUAAAUUCAUUUUUUGUACAUCAUUGAACACAUAUUGUGAAAAAUGGCCAUUUUCAUUGAAAAGUUCAAACUGCUAUGAAACUUAAAUGAUUCAAUACUGAUGAAACUUGGCACAAAUAAUUAUAAUAAUAAAGACUUUAUUUAAAGAGGCAACAUAGUUAGGCAAGCCCAGUCUUCCCUAUGAGCCUCUAUAAAUGCUGACUGGAUGACAUCAUCUGUAACAGCAUGCUCAAUCUUAAAUUUUCUGUUACCAUGGCAACGGGGGAACAUCUCAAAAUUGCCAAAAUAACUAUUUUGAAUUGUUUUUUUCCCAUCAAAACUGAUUUCAAAGUGCUGCAACUUCUCAAUGGAUUGAGAUGGAGUAAAAGGCUUUUCAGUGUUGGUUACACGUUACCUUACGAUUAACCUGAGGCCAUCUUUAGCCUGUCAUAUGUCUAAUUUUCUUGUCGAUGAAGGGGGCUGCUGCCCCCUUCAAACCCCCAAAACAGAAGGAGGCACAUCCCCCUUUUGGCAACCCCCUGAUGUACCUUUUUGAUAGGGGGCGGCCCCAACAUUUCCCAAACCAAAAAACAGUAUUUGGGGCCUAAAUAAGGUAAUUUUUCACUGUUCUAGGCCUGAGAAAGGGGGGGGGGGUCGAAAAGCUGUAAAAAACACCUCUAUAGGAAGUAAAGGGUUAAGGUUAAGUAUGUGUGCUUUGUUGUUAUAUUUUUAGCUCACCUGUCACAAAGUGACAGGGUGAGCUUUUGUGAUCGCUUUUCGUCAGGCGCCAUCCGGCCGUCCGUCCGUCGUCCGUCCGUAAACUUUUACUUUAAAUGACAUCUCCUCAGAAACCACUAAGCCAAUUUCAUCCAAACUUCACAGGAAUGUUCCUUUGGUGGUCACCUUUAAAAAUUGUUCAAAGAAUUUAAUUUCAUGCAGAACUCUGGUUGCCAUGGCAACCGAAAGAAAAAACUUUAAAUAUCUUCUUUUUAAAAACCCUAAGAGCGGAGGCCUAUAUACAGGUGAGCGACAUCAGGGCCAUCAUGGCCCUCUUGUUUUAAUUUUGUAAAAAAAAAUUCUAGUAACAAUGUGUAGAUUAAAUCAUUUAUAUAAUGUACACAAUAAUAAUCUAAAAAAAGAAAUUUGAACAUACAUAUAGACAUAGACAUGUUGUAUCAUUAUUAUGCCAAUUAGUUAUACACCAAUGAUAAUCUUAAAUAAGAAAUUUACAUCAGUCAUGGAACAAAAUAAGUUAAAUUUUGAUCAACAAAUUUGUUACUUGUACUAAUCUGAAUUUGAAAAUACAUACAGACAUGUAUCAUUAUCAUUCCAGUAACAGAGAUUAUUUUGUGUACCAAAAUAAACUUUUACAGUUGUA